UGUUUGUUUUAGCGUCUUUCGCGACAAAUAAAUAAAAAGAACAAAAUUAGUUAGAGACACUGUAACAAAGCAACCUACGGAUAACCCAAAGCAAUAAAUACAAGCAAAAAGCAGUAUCUUUAUAUGUACCUCGCCGGCUACCGUAGUUUGACGUGUGCGCUCUCUAACGUUAGUUCAUUGAAAACAUGGCAGGUGAUAUUAUUCUAGAAGACGAGGAGGAGAACAUUUUAUAUGAUUUACUUGUUAACACAGAAUGGCCGCCCGAAACGGACACGCAGCUGCGUGGACUGAAGGAACACAACUCUUCACUGGUUGCAAAGGCAGUGACAGGACCUUUCAGGUUUUUUCUGCACUACCUUUGGUACAGCCCCUCCAGCUCAACUCUUCCACCUGGACUGGUUCGCCUCGCAACUAAACAAGUGAACUGGCAGCUGGUGUUGGCAAGUAAUGGGAAGCUCCUGGCUGUGGUUCAGGACCAAUGUGUGGAAAUUAGGUCAGCUAGAGAUGACUUUGGAUCCAUCAUAGGAAAAUGCCAAGUGCCCAAGGACCCGAACCCUCACUGGCGCAGGGUUGCGUGGAGUCAUGACUGCGCUCUGCUGGCGUAUGCCGACAGCACCGGCACGGUCCGAGUCUUUGACCUGAUGGGCAGCGAACUCUUCAUUAUACCACCGGCCAUGAGCUUCCCUGGAGAUUUCAGCUAUGCAGCAGCAGGUCUGAUGUUUUUGGAGUACACGGGCAGUGCCCAGUGGUCAGCCGAGCUGCUAGUCAUCACCUACAGCGGGCAGCUCAAGAGUUACCUGGUCAGUGUUGGAACCAAUCAGGGAUUUCAAGAGAAUCACACCUUCAGUUUCUCUGCCCACUAUUCCAAUGGCAUUACCACAGCUAUAUAUCAUCCUGGCCACAGGCUGCUGCUGGUGGGAGGUUGUGAGUCUGGAGAUAGUGAUGUGUCCAGGGCGAGCCAAUGCGGGAUCACAGCAUGGAGAGUGUUGUCUGGGUUGCCUUACUAUAAACAAGUCACUAGUUAUGAGGAUGACAUCAGUGCGUCUCAGAGACGAGGAUUCUUCAAGAUGCCCAGCUUUCGACUUUUCUCCAGACAUAACAGUGAACAGGAUGGCGUGUUCAGAAUGAGUCUGUCUCCUGAUGGCACCAUUCUGGCUGUGAUCCACUUCUCUGGCAGUCUCAGUCUCUGGGAUAUUCCAUCAUUCAAACUGAGAGGCAGCUGGAAACAAGAGGAGCAACCGGGCUUUGACGAGAUCAACCCAGACUGGAAGACUUCACUGGAGAAGAGAAAGAAGAUAAAAGAUAAGGAGCAGUACCAGUCUCUGCUAGAUGUGAGUUGGUGGAGUGAGACUGCUUUGAUUUUAGCCCGUUCUGGAGCUCUAACCGUGUCUUCUGUGCGGACACUCAAAAACCUACUUGGCAAGUCCUGCGAGUGGUUUGAGCCCUCACCGCGAGUCACAUCAGCCCAUGACGGGGGCUUCCUCAGUUUGGAGUGUGAGGUAAAGCUGGCCCAUAAACGCUCUCGUCUGGAGAGCAGCGUGACUGGUGAAGAGGAUGAUGGAGAUGAUGAUUCUGACUCGGAUGAAGAAGCUUCGGCAAAGGCCCGUUAUUUCGGGUAUGUGAAGCAGGGCCUGUACUAUGUGACUGAGAUGGAGCGCUUCGCCCCUCCCCGAAAACGACCACGCACCGUUAUCAAGAACUACCGGCUGGUCAGCCUGAGAUCCACCACACCAGAGGAGCUCUACCAGAGGAAGAUUGAUAAUGAAGAGUAUGGAGAGGCUCUUUCUCUGGCUCAAGCGUAUGGGCUGGAUUCAGAUCUCGUCUAUCAGAGACAGUGGAGGAAAUCUACAGUCAGCAUCGCCUCCAUCCAGGAUUACUUGAGUAAGAUCAAGAAGAGAUCAUGGGUGCUGCAUGAGUGUGUGGAGAGGGUUCCAGAGAAUGUGGAUGCAGCCAAAGAGCUCCUGCAGUAUGGCCUGAAGGGAACCGACCUGGAAGCAUUGAUUGCUAUCGGUGCUAGAGAAGACCAAGGGCGAUUCAUCUUGUCAGGUGAUUUGGACUUGGAUGAUGCUCUGUACGAAGACUUCCUCUCCAUGGAGGAAGAGCUGGAGCAAAGAAAAGAGAGGGAGUCCAAGAAGAGGCAGGAGCUCCUCAAGAAAGUGGAUUUUAGCAAACUGACUCUGGAGCAGAAGGAGCUCUGCAGGAGUAGACUCAAGCUUCUCUGCUAUCUGGACCGCUUGGCCACUUAUGAGGAGAUUCUGGGUGGACCUCAUGCGGCAGAGCAGCGGUUUGAUGCUGAGUUUUUUAAGAAAUUCCGCAAUCAGAAUAUUGUUCUGUCAGCAAGAACAUACGCAAGGGAGAGUAACGUGCAGGCGUUGGAUAUUCUCUUCACUUACCACGGCGCAGAGUUGCUCCAGCAUCGGCUAGCCAUCCUCUGCAAUUUCCCAGAAACCACUUCUCCUCACGAGUACUCCGACCUUCUGCCUAAGGCUGGUGUGGAUAAGAAGGGUAAUUUGGUUUUGAUUCCUUGGGAGGAGAGUAGACACCGAGAUCUGGACUGGUGUGAAGUUCUUGAGUGCAGAGAAGUGGUGGAGCCCAACCCAAUGGACGACUGUCAAUUCUUAUAUGAAGAGCAGCCAGAGCUGGAGAGAUUUCGAAGCGCCGACCCCUUCAUCACACUGCUGACUGAGUGGUACCUGACCAGGGCACAGGACAUAGAGAGCCAUUCCCGGCAGGUGGAUUGUUCCCUAUCUCUGGUGCGUCUUGGAAAAGAGCAGAACAUUCCUGGGCUGGAGCUGCUUUGCGAUGACCUGGUUACAAUGGAGACACUGGUCUACGAGACGUCAUGUGACCUGAGUGUCACACUAAAGGAACUGCAGCAGCUCAGUGACAUCGACAAGCUCCGCCUCCUCAUGAAAAAUUCCAGCGAGGAUCGAUACGUGAGGAACUGCUUUCAGUGGAUGGUGCCGUUUCUGCACCGCUGUGAAGGACAGCGGGUGGGCUCUGCUUCCAGUCUUCUCAGAGAAUACCUGGUGACCCUCGCCAAAGACGAUCUCACACUCCCGCUUAAACACUUCCAGCACUCAAAGCCAGAUUGUCAUCCAAAAAUCAUUGGCGACUCGGAUCAGCUGAUGACUGUGGCGUUGGAGUGUAUCUACAGCUGUGAGAGAGAUGACCAGCUCGCUCUAUGCUAUGAUGUACUCGAAUGUCUGCCACAGAGAGGAUACGGACCUGAGACUGACUCCACAAAAGCCUUGCAUGACCAGGUGGACACUCUGGAGAAACACUUGAGUGUUGCUGAGGUGUUGGAGAAGCACGGUCUCCAGAAGCCCAUCUUCUUUGUGAGAAACAGUCAGAACAGCAAAGAGGAAGCUCACCAGCUGAUGGUCCGACUCACCCGUCACACAGGACGCAAAAACCCUCCUGUGAGUGAGACCGUGUGGAGAAGUUUACUUCAAGAUCUCCUGGACAUGCAGCAGAAUGUGUACACCUGUCUAGAGCCAGAGGCUUGCCAUCAGGUGUUUGUGGAGAGCCUGUUGUGUUCGAGCCGAGAGGAGAAUGUGCGUCUGGCGGGUCAGUUGAUGCACUGCAGUGGUGUUUCAGAGGACACUCCGGUCAGCGUGUCGCUCCGAGCUAAAGCUCACGCUCGUGUGUCUUACAGCCGCAGUGUGGAGCUGGUUCUGGCGGCCGCUCGUGAAUACUUCAACUCUUCAGCCACCCUCAGUGACCCCUGCAUGAGUCUGGCACGGUCGUGUCUGCAGUUGAUCACAGAUUGUCCAUCUCUAGUCCAAGAGGAGUUGGAUCUUAUCAGCGCUCUCUCGCGGCUGGAGCAGUUUGGGGUGAAGAUUCUUCCUUUGCAAGUGCGUCUGCGGACGGAUCGUCUAUCAUUGAUAAAGGAGUGCAUCUCUCAGUGCCCUACUGCAUACCGACAGUCCCUUCUUCUCCUCAGCCUGGCCAGACUGCUGCGCGUUGCAGGUGAUGAUGAGGCUAAGAGGAAGGGUCAGGUGCUCACACUGUUGGCAGAACAGGCUCUGCUAUGUCAGGAUUUCAAGGCCUCCUACAUCCACUGCCAGGAACUGAUGGCUGCAGGCUACAGUGAAGGCUGGGAUGUGUGCGCUCAGCUGGGACAGUGUGAGACGUUCACUCAGCUUUCUGGCCGUCAGGAACUGAUGGCCUUCUCCCUUACACACUGUCCUCCCAGCAGCAUCCAGAGCCUGUUAGCGGCGUCCAGUUCCCUUCAGACACAGGUUCUGUACCAGGCUGUAAAUUACAAGAUUGAUCCCUCUCAAGCCCGGAGAACAGGCAGCGAGCUGUCAGAGGUCGGAGCUGCUGUUCCUGGUUCAAUUAACCCCACAGACCUGCUGCACAGAACCACGGCCCGCACCAUAGAGGUCCUGACCAACACUACCAUGAGCACCAAAGCUGUCCUGACCACCGUCAUCGACUCCCACUGGUGGAGAGAGUCCCUCAGCCUGCUUCGCCCACUGCAUGGACCAGCCAUGGAUAGAAACCGUGCCGGAGCGGCCAAUCAGAACGCAGAUCUGGAGAAGCAGGGCUGCAGUCCUUUCUACGAGGAGCUGUUCGAUGAUCCAUAUGUCAAUACGUCAGAAGAUGUCUAUUCUUCGUACCACUACAACCCUCAAGAAGACUUUGCUGAAGUUUUACUGCGGACUGGCAAACUAGCUGAAACAAACAGCGAAGGACAAAAUCUCUUUCCUGCAACCGAAGUGCUCCUUCAGCUAGCCAGUGAUGCUUUUCCCAAAGAUAUGACACUCGCCCUGGCCUAUUUACUGGCUCUACCUCAGGUUCUAGAUGCGAACACGUGUUUUGAGAAGCAGCCGCCGUCAGCCCUCUCUCUGCAUUUAGCGGCGUAUUACUACUCUCUCCAGAUCUACUCCCGCCUCGCACCCUGCUUUAAAGACAAGUGCAGUCCUCUUUACCGGGCGGAUCCUAGAGCCCUGAUUCGUCUUGUGACCAAGCAUGUGACUGACCACGCUGGGUGUGAUUGGCCUGAUGAGGACCUGGAAGCCCUGAUCGGUCAGUUGCGGCUGUACAGUGAGAAACUGACAGACUUCACUCAAGCUCAGGUGCUGCAGGGACUUGGCCGUGGAGUUGAUGUCCAGAGAUUUAGCAGCGACAACCAGUACAAGAAAGAGACUAUUCUGGGCCUGGCUGAGACACUGGAUGAGAGUGUGUACAGCAUCUCUCGUUCUCUGGCUCACCGCUACAGCAUUCCUCUCUGGGAAGUGCACAUGACGCACCUUGAGUUUCUCUUCACUGAUAGUGGUCUCUCCACCAAAGACAUCGAGGGCAGGACGGAGGCGCUGGGUCUGUUUGAGACUCUAAAGACAGACCCGGAGUCGUUCUACAUGCACAUGACGAAAUACGUGUACCCCAGUAUAGCCGGGACCGACCAGCUCCGACUGCUCUUCUACUUCACUCUUCUGGAGAACUGCGGCUGCGCAAACUACUUCUCGCAAACUGCUAUGAAGCCUGAUACGCACCUCAAACUGCUCAAGAAGCUCAAAGCUGUGGCUGUAGGUCUGGACUAUAAGAAGAUGACAGAGGAGGAUUCAGAUCCUUUGAAAGCUCUGGAGCCGAUACUGACCAGCCAGAACGUCCUGUCGAUUUCCAAACUGGCCUCUCGAAUCCCCCAGAAGGGAGGUGAAGCUCUAACCUCCAGCGCUGUUCAUGCCACCUGGCUUCAUAAACUGUUCUGGGAAGGAGAUCAACAUGUGCUGAAAAAAGCCCCACAGACCGACCAAGACUUCCUUCAUGCCUAUGACACCUGUGCCAAAUAUUUUGACCGAAUGCUGCCUGUGGAUUUUGUCAACUUUUUGGAUGCCAUCACCUUUUCACCUGAAGCAGCCAAUAAGCUCUCAGUAGGGACCAGGCUGGAGAUCACCAAGCGUGCACAGAAAGCUCUAAAGAGCAUCAGCGAUAAGAAUAAGAAAAAGGGGAACGAUGACAAAAGUGAAAACUCCGCCUCCAACUUUGACUCCGCCCUCACUCAUGUUCAGCAGUCUCUGACUCAUCUGGAAACUCUGAGCCACUCCUUCCUGCUGUCACUCAAGACUAGUCAAGAGGAACUGUUGCAGAAGUACAGUCGCAUUUAUGACCUGUCCAGAUCGGAGCAAUCUAAAGUUCACCAUCUGGCUAUCACAAUGGCUACUGACGGACAGCCCCUAGAACGAAUCGAGCAGCUGCUCUCAGUCGCCGUCGGGACAAGAGACCUGUCCCCCAAGAGUGUGGUCCAGGACGCAGUGGAGCGAAUCAUAAGUGCUCUCAGUGGCGACAAGGACGUGUUGAAAGAUUAUGCAGACCCCUUGAAGGUACUGGAAGGAAUAGUUGCAGUGGUGCACACUAAUGUACAGAGCGGUGGGAAUUUAGUGACAUCCGAGGACAUGCUGAAAUGGUUGCGACCUUUUUGUGGGGAUGACACCAAGCCUGUACGACCCCGAAUUGAGGUCCUGCAGAUCCUAGAACAUUCAUUCAACCUCAGUUAUCAAGACAUCCUCCUACUGGUGUUCUUCAGGAGCCAAGCCAUUCUGAAAGCCUGCUGGCCAAACAGAAAGUGUGAGAUGAAAGAUGUCGAGAAUGAAGAAAAGCGAGACUCUUUGUUCCUGGAAUUGUUAGAGUCCAGCAGCAAAUGGGAGGAGUUUCAACACCUGAUGCUCCUCCUACAGGCAUGGCCACCAGUGACUGACAAAAGCAGGCUAGAGACAGAUCAGAACCCUUGGGUUUGUCUCACGUCUGGCCUGCUGGCACACUCCUCCAGCGUUUCUCAAAUCAACAUUGGAAAUGAGGUUUUAUCUAUGUGCCGCUCGCUCUACCUGACCAAACACAAGCUUAACCCACAGGGCAUCGGGAACAUUUCAUCUCUGUUAUUGAACGCUGGACUGAAGCUGCCUGCUCUGAAGUUGAUGACCGAAAGCAAAGAUGAGCAUUUGCUCAAACUGACCCAGGAUCAGAUCAGAAACAUUACUGAGGUGACUGAGGAGGUGUGUGACACUGAGCUGCUGUCUCUGCUGUUGAAUGCUGGAAUGUUGAUCAGCUGUGUGGACACGGCUGUGUAUCCUUCACUGGUCUCUCAUAUGUUGGCUCAAGGGGAUUGGGAUGUGGAGAAGGCGGCUCAUGACCUUCAGCAAGCCGGACACAGCGCUCAGGCUGGCUCCUUGCUCCUGUCCCAUCGCGGAUCUCACCCGGGACAGUUCACAUUCAACAGCGCGCUCGCAGUUGUUCGGAAAUGGCUUUGAAGAGUAAACGUGGGUACAGACUCACUGCAAAAAAAGGCUUUUCUUGCUAGAUUUUAGUCUUGUUUCUAGUCCAAACAUCUAAAAACUCUCAAAUCAUGAAGCAUUUUGUUGACUCGUACAAAAUAUUGUGUGGUUAAAAUUAUUUAUUUUCUUAAAAAAUCUAAAUAACCUGCGAAUGCGAAUGGAGUAAAUGAAAUAAUCUAGUUUCGGUUUGAAAUAAGAUUAUUUUUUUUACCCCACUGGUAAAUAAUUUAGCAUUUUUUAUAUAAAUCAAUUGACUUAAUUUUGACGUGUUAUUUCUGAAAAAAAAAACAAUAUUUUUAUCUUAAAAACUAAGUUCAAAUUGGUCAAAAUUAAGUGUGUUUAUCCUU